GAAUCUCAAAAUUUCGAUCAUUUUCGCAAUUCCUCAAACUUUUUUUUUUCCUUUUUGAUCAAAUUUCCCAGAUUGUGGGUAGGGGACAGCCCUAGAUUUUUCUUGAUUAGUCACUAGUGGAAAUUCUAGCGAGGGAAAUCUUGACCACGCAUUGAAUCUUGAACAUCGAGCGCCAUCGACAAACGACAAUAUCGACGACCACCACCGACGACCACGAAUUCAGUCAAGAUGGUCAACCUUACAACUCAGAAACGUCUGGCGGCUUCCGUCGUCGGCUGCGGAAAGCGCAAGAUUUGGCUCGACCCCAACGAGACCAGCGAAAUCUCCAACGCCAACUCCCGUCAAACCAUCCGCAAACUCGUUUCCGAUGGCCUCAUCAUCCGCAAGCCAGUCACCAUGCACUCCCGCGCACGCGCUCGUGAACUCACCGCUGCACGAAGAAUUGGUAGACACCGUGGUUUCGGUAAGAGAAAGGGUACCGCAGAUGCCCGUAUGCCAAGCCAAGUUGUCUGGAUGCGUCGUCUUAGAGUCCUCAGACGUCUCUUAGUCAAGUACCGUGCCAGCGGCAAGAUCGACAAACACCUUUACCACGAACUUUACCACUUGAGCAAGGGUAACACUUUCAAGCACAAGCGUGCAUUGGUCGAACACAUCCACAGAGCUAAGGCCGAGAAGGCACGUGAAAGACUCCUCAAGGAGGAGAUGGACGCCAAGCGUGCGAAGACCAAGGCUGCCCGCGAGAGAAAGGUCGAGAGAAACCAAGCCAAGAAGGCAGCUCAAUUCGGCGAGGCAGAGGAGACCGAGACAAAGUAAAUGGUUGGGCUUUUGUGGUGGUAGCAUAUGGAGUGUAUCUGGCAAGGUUUAUAAUACAGGCCGGUUGCUUUCGAUAUCUUUUGAUAUCCUGCAUUAUCGCACGGGCAAUGGUAUCAUGAUCUUUCACUCAAGAUUCUUUGGUGUUCAAUGGUUUUUUGCAAUCAGACGGUUCAAACGUGUAAACGAUACCUGCUUUUCUCCAUAUCAUGAUUACCUUGGUGAUAACUCCAUUCCGUCCUACACAUUCUCAAAUUUUCGGUUCAAAUUGUGGUGUAUGUUUUUUGAGUCCAAUUCUUUAUUUGCUUCAUUCUCUGGUCAUUCAAAUUGCAUUUUCAACGCCCCUGACCCUCACAUCCCCAGAUUGUCUUCUGUAUCCGCUCCCAUUUUAUAAUCCGCCAGUAUCCUCCACUAUUUAAUUCGAGCGUACAUACAUAUGUAUACAUGGUAUGCCGAUAAGAAAUCCAUCAACUACGUCACCA